AUGAAGUCACAUACUCGACGAAGGCGUCCUCCCCCUCCUCUUGACCUUCGAGAUACCUACGACGAAGGCAUCGAGCAAGUCGAUAGAGUAACGCCGACUUUCCAGACACCGACGCCUGUACAGGCACUUACACCCGUCCGAGCAUCGACACCCGUCCGCGCAUCGACAACCGUCCGGACAACUGCGACGCCUACACAAAUACUGCAAACAAGAACAACCACCACGACUUCCACAAGCCCAACGAUCACAGUCACUAGCAGUCGACUACUCACCCAAACACCAAGUCCAACUGUCACGGCGACAGCUUUCAUCAGUGCCCAAGCUCCGACCCAAACAGUCACAGUCACAGCAGGUUUGGAGUCAGUGACCUUGGGCAACGGCAGCUCAACAUCCACCAGCACAGCAGAGACAGCUGUAGCCACCAAAGGAGCACAAAAUGGCCUUGUGCUCUCGUCCACGGCGGUGGGAGUCAUUUCUGGCUUCGGGGCUCUGGCAGCGGUCUCAGUUGUGACAUCACUCGGCAUUGUUCUGCUGAAGCGACGGCGGAAGUUAGAGAAGACCUAG